UCCAUGCAGCAAAGUUGAGUGGAGGAGAUUCACACACAGGAACUGGACUAAAGUGCUGGUGAUGGACUUCAAAUAACCUUGAAGUUCGACAGCACUGGCUCUUCUCUCUGUUGACUCAGGUAUUAUUAAAAUGCUCUUUAGGCCUUUCACAUUAUUGUGAAUGCAUUUCAGCUUGUUCAUUUAAGCACCACGUCCUUUUAUUGAUGCUCAUUAUCUGUUUAUUUCUAAAUGCUAAAGGUUGAGUUGCCGCUGUUUAACCUGAAGUGUGUGAGUUACGAAUGCUGAUGUGCAGGAUUGUUGCAACACCUAAAUCACGGGCUCCGGUUCAGAUUUGACACAGCGGCUCAUUCACUGUGGGUCGUAUCUCAGUACAGAUACAAGAGUGGCUUCGGUCGGUGUUGGAAAAGCGGAGUGCGUCAAUUUAACUACCAUGGGACAAUAUUUGAGUUUCAGAGAGAAAGCUGUCAACAAAGCAAAGCAUUAGAAUCUACUGUCAUUGAGCUAAAAUGAUUAAAGGCUUUUAAAGCGUAAACAAAGGCAACUUUAGUAGCUGUCAAUCAAAACCAUGUGGGGACAUGACAGAAAGGAAUCUUCACUAUAGGGACUUGGCUGAGGAUAAUGCAGAUGCUUAAAGCAUGGGUGGGGGUGGAGAAAUGAUCCAAAUGCAUGUAUUGACACGGACAUUAGCCCGUGAGCAAACAAACAGACGCCCUAAUCCCGAUGAACAACAGAUAUUUCAGCGUGGAUUUAAAGUGUCAGCGCGGGGAUUUCGACGCUUUCAUUGCACAUCCCUCCUCGGCGGCGUUCGGCGCGUUCGAUUAAAACCAGAGCGCGCGGAGAGAAGACGCUCGGCUCUGGCACCGGACGCGCAGCGACUGCGAUUCUUCCAGGACAACUGGCGCAAUCCAGCGUCGCGGAGGAUGAAAGGGGGGCGCCGCGUGUAAAUCACGGGGGGCGAUGGGGAGGCUUUCCUCGGGUGCCACGUCUUAGCGGCUCGGGACACCUUCCGUGGGCGGUGCGCUGUUGCCGUGGGCUCACCUUGACAGGAAAAUGCUCGCUGAAUGGCCAGAUGCUCCGAGGUGCGUUCCAGUUCCAUUUCUCUGCAACCCGAUCCCCUUGGAGCGGGCGCACUCGCAAAAGCCUCGCAACCAGGUCCACAAAGACCCAGAUGCUCGUGUCGCCCAUUUACAAAUAGGUCCUAGUAAAUAGCGAGCGAAGCGCUCUCUUAAAUUCGAGAUGCGCGUGGCCAUGAAACGGAAUUUGACACCGGCGCGAGCGGAGCGCGGAGAUCAGGUUAGAAACAUGCAUCGCAACAGAACGUCUCCACAUCGCAUUCCACAUACUGAAAUCUAAUCCGGGGACAUCGGGCUGCGUGACACAAUCCCCAAGACAUCUGAAGAGCGCGCUGCUACACACGCGGCUCCAGGGGCGGUUGGGAGAGAUUUGCGGCGCUCUGUUGCCCCGCUGGAAGAGAGAGAGAGGGAGAGAGAGAGAGAGAGAGAGAGAGGGGCGGACACCAACUGCCCCAAAACGUCAGCGCGCACUUAACUAUAAAUCUUUCCAAACUGCCUUCUGCGCUGGUCACGCUUCGGUCCGGUGCGAGGACACUACGUGUGGACGUCCCACGAGCUACACGCGCGGUCCGACCCGCAGAACAUGGAGAACACAUGCCCUCAUCUGUGUCGUUUAUCGCGCCAGCGUUGGCGAUUGGGGUUUUUUUGACGCAGUUUUGGAUAUAGCGGCGCUCCGUUUGCACCAAGCGCCGAGAGCGCGAGCGCCUUUUGCACUCUGGGAAACAGACUUGUUCUCCGUCCGUGCCUCGCUCGCGCGCUAGAGACGCUGAUGUCUCUAUUGGACUCCUUUCAGCUGGAGAUGGUGGAUCUCUCUCGGAUUUCCAACGUGGAAACGUAGCAUCCAAUUAAUCAGCGGCUGCAACUGAACCCCGCGAGGCGCGGUGGCAUUUCGGUCUCUCUUCAACACCUUUGGACUCUGAGGCGCGGACAGACGCACGGUUCGCUCGGUGCGCUCGGUCGGAGCGUGAAAAACACACCUGGUCGUGUAUUCCAGCCUCGUUUUGUUGAGCACUAACUCCUAACUCGUUCGGAUUGUGGCUGAUAAAAAAAAAGAUUCACGCGUCUGACUCAAGCUGAGACUAAAUGAGUCGCGCGUUCUGUUUGGAUUUGAAUAUCAACAGCCAAGCGAGUUUCAGGUCUGCAUGGGCCAUAUUUAAGCUUUCUUCAUAGGAACUGAGUCUAAGAUGAAGUUAUGGGAUGUUUUGGCCAUGUGUUUGUUGCUUCUGAGCUCUGUUGCUACUCGGCCUCUCUACCAAAACAGUCAGCCAGCCAAAAGGACGCAUUUCCCCAGCAGCUACGGUGAUCCCGCGUCUCUAUCUGUGGAGGACAAAGCGCCGACGUUGGAGCACGACGGCCGCAACCUGCAGGAGAUCUCCAUGGAGGAUCAGAAUGACAUGGCUGGUCCCUACCCAGAGCAGUUUGAGGAUGUAAUGGAUUUUAUCGAGGCUACAAUCGGCCGGCUGCGGAGAGCGUCGGAGCCCGGCGCCGGCCCUCGGGCGCGGAGGGAGCAGAGACAGCGGGCAGCAGCGAACACGGGCGGCGCGAGGGGCAGCAGGAGGAGGGGCCGCGGCCGGGGGGGGGGGCGCGGGGGCAAAGGGGGCCGGGGGGAGAAGGCGCCGGUGCAGAGCCGCGGCUGCCUGCUGAAGGAGGUCCACCUCAACGUGACGGACCUGGGCCUGGGCUACCAGACCAAGGAGGAGCUCAUCUUCCGCUACUGCAGCGGCCCGUGCGCCGAGGCGGAGACCAACUACGACAAGAUCCUCAACAACCUCACGCACAACAAGAAGCUGGACAAGGACGCGCCGUCUCGCACGUGCUGCCGCCCGCUCGCGUUCGACGACGACCUGUCGUUCCUGGACGACAACGUGGUGUAUCACACGCUGAAGAAGCACUCGGCCAGGAAGUGCGGCUGCGUCUGAGGCCUUUGCGCGCGGGUGCCACAGGACGCGGAGACGCGAAGUCAGUGUGUGAAACGGAGGUCGGACACGCGUUCGGUGACCGCUAACUCUCCAAUCAGCCGCAUGCAAUAACCAAGCAGGCGUCAGACUGGUGUUACACUGUCCUGCCGCAUCUGCUGACUGGGAGUCUACUAUGGCUUGGUUUUGUUCUGGAAGGACACAUUUUCCCAGGAACAUCGUUUUUUUUCCCCCCAUCGCUGGCUCCAAGGACUCCAGACAAACACGGAGGGUUGAGUAGUAUAUUCAGCUGGGUUUUAAAUCACUUCCAGCUCAGUCUGUUGACAUUUACAUCCAGAGCCGAGGGACGAGAUGAUGACUACCACACAGGGAUUCUGGUGCAUUGCAUCUAUAUAAAAUCUCUCUCUCUACAUAUAAUAUAUAUAUAUAUAUAUAUAUAUAUAUAUAUAUAUACACACACACACACACACACACACAUGCGUGUAAGAAGUAUUUAUUAAGAUGGAAUUAACUUAUUGUUAUUUAUUUCAACCCAUUUUAUGAAAGAAAUGUUCAUUUUUCUUAUUUAUUUAAAAGCUUUGUUUGUCCUGGUUGGUGCCAAAGUGAAGCAUUGUCUCAUGCAAAAAGUGAUUAAGCAAAACAGACCCACGCAUCCCAACUAUGCUUCCAGGGCUCCUCAGUCCAGAAACAGCCAUCCGCCUGUAAAGUCCAGCGAGGGUAGAAAGAGACACGCGGGAGGGGACCAAUAGAAGACGUUUGUUUGUGAGAGUCAGCGUUUCUAGUUCUGUUUUUGGACACUACACCUCAUUUUUCCACGUGUGACCACGCUCAGACCGCGCCCACAGCACCUGAUCCAUUCUAUUCAAUCAUGACACGUUUACAAGCAGGCGAUAACUCUGUGCUGCUGCUGCUUUUCUAACCGUUUGGAACCUAAAAUCGCCACGGCAGCAGCGGCCUGUAGGUGCCUUUGAGAAUCCAUCCAGCCCCAGAAGAUGCUCAGAUGCCGGCUCAUCAGCCCGCGUCACCCGAGACCUCGCCGGUCUGGCACCGGGGCUCCGCCGCGGUUACAGCCCAAACGGGCUUUAAAGUUCACGGGACCGUCUGUGCUCCUGUCUCAGCUCUGACAGACAGGUCUUGCUCUCUGAAAGGGGAUUUGAAAGCGAUCCUCCAACUCGAGUCUUAACCAAAUAUCGCCGCUGGCAAAAAGGUACUUCGGUGGAGGCGGCGUGGGGAAAAUCUAGCUGCCGGAGCAGCUGUCAUCACAAAACCCAUGUAAAUGUCCCGAGACUAGAUGUUUCCAGCGAAGGUGAGGACGAGGUGCAGGCCUGGGAUGCUUUCUAGUCAUAACAGCUCGUUUGGCAAAGCGUUUGCCCCCAAAAUGUACCAGAAAUGCACAUGUGUGAGAAGACGGCCCCUAACAAGCAUGUGGCUGUGUCCUUCAAGACCCUAAAGGGAACUGUGAGCGGAUCAAAGACUCGGUCCUGAAGCCUCUCGGUCUCGACAUUAGCAUGGAUUAGGGACCAAGGUAUCUGUGCCCACCCAGCAGCGGGCAAACCCAGCUUUACUGUGUAAUCCCCCCCCCCCCCACAUACAGAACAAAUCCACUGCAUCAGGCUGAAUUUAGGCCAAACGCAACGGCGAGAAGAAAAACUCUCGCUUUUAUCGCAGCAUACUUCAUCAGUUGGAUCAUCUUCCCCUUUAACAACCCAUUCACGCAUAAGCCUUUCCAGAUGAGACCGUGCCGUCCGACUUCCCAGAAGCCCCGGAGCCCCUGCUACCGCUCAAUACAUACAUUAAAGUGUGUGAACUGUGACCACUACCCCUCGCGUUUUCAUAAGCGUUUCCUCAGCUGUUCCCUGGUGAUUAGUGGUGCAGCUCUGACACAGGAAGGCAUCGCAUUCGUUGUCACUCCUUAUUGUGUUAACACCUCUAUGAAAUGUCGUCUCACUUGUUUUGUGUUACAGAACCAAAGCUCUUGGCAAACUUUAUUUUUGUACAAUAUUCAUUUUAUAACUUUAUACAGAAUUAAACUUGUUUCU